AUGCUUGACUCAAGAUUGAAUAAUUCAUUCUCAAAUGGUACUACUCCUACCAUGUUGAAACAUAGAUGGAACAAGAUAUUCUAGCCUUUGGUUCAAAAUACCAAUCAAAAUCUUGAAGGACUGCCAUCUCAUAGAGGAUUACAUUAGAGUUACGUUGAUCAAUGCCACUUAAUGAGAGAACUCUAAGAGCAGAAAAUUCUCAUUAAUCAUUACGAGAAGCAAUUAUUCACUAAUAAUAUAUCUAAAUCGCACAAUUCUAGACAGCCUAUGCAAGGAGGAAAAAAAUCCUACGCUUCAAAGAAUAUUUAGGAUUCAGAACUUGACUUGAAGGAUUUCGAGCAAGAAGAACCAGCAAGGAACUAAACUAGCAUAAAAAAGAAGAAGAAAGUUGAUUUUAUGUAGGAUAUUGACUAAUCACCUGAGUUGAGAAAGAAGUCUUUUGGAACUAACCUAGAACUUAAACCAAAACCAACAAUUUUAUCAUCUAAUGACAAAUCUAUCGGAGAUGACUUAUAAUUUCACUCCACUUAAAUUACCUCACUCAAGACUGAGUACGACAAGUAGAGACUUGAGCAAGAUGAAAGAAUUAACACUAUAGAAGUUGAAGUCUAAAGAAUGCUUAAGUAUGUACUAAAAACUGAGCAGAAUCACUCAUCCAAGAUUGACAAUUAAGCAAGUGAAUUGAAUCUGCUAAAGAGCUAGUUUUCUAAUCUUACUAUGAAAUUUAACGAGUUACAAUCAGAGCAUACUCUUCUUCUAAAUAGCAACAAGAAUAUAAAAAUACCAGAUUACAAUGUUCUCUAGCAAAAGCUAUUAGAAGAACUUGGAACUUUUAAAACUCAACUAAGUACUAGAGUCAACAGUAUGAAUGAAUACUCGCUGCAAAAAUACAACAAAAUAAAGGAAACAUUGACUCAGGAUGUGGAUGAUUUUACAAAAUUGUAAUAAGAAAAAAUUAAUUAGACUAUUAAGAAUAUAAAUACAGGGGAUGAAGUGUAAUUCGUGAGACAAUAAGACUAAUUGAAAGAAUUGUAGAAAGAGAUUGAUUAUUUUAAGGAUAUGCUUAUUGGAGGGAUUGAUACAGCUUUAUAAGGGGAACAAAUAAAGUAGAGUAUGAUUGAUAAAAUGUUGGAUAUGAUAAAAGUCAACUAAGUUGAGAUUUAGAAUCAUUCUUAGGUAAAUGUAGAACACUAGGAUUAAAUAGCCGAGGCAGUUUUGAAUUUAAAACAAGGUAUGGAAUAAGAAUUAGAACAUUAUCGUGAAGAAUCAGAAAAUAAAUAUUUAGAUAUCUUGAGCUAAAAUAAACUAUUAGAAAUUUAACUUGAAGAAAUCAGAACUAAUUUCUUGGAAAUAAAAAGAGAAUAAAUAGAUAAGAAAGUCAUAGAGCCCCAGCAUGAAAAGACAUCUACUGGUGGAAUAGAAACUGAAUAAAGUUUGAAAUUUUAAAAUGCAAAAAGUAUGCUUCCUUUCGAAUAAAGAGUGAGUCGAUUUAAUGCUAAUACUAGUGAUGUUGAUGUGUAUUUAUAAGCUGCAAGAUAAAGGAAAAGACUUAGAGAUUAUACAUUUGACGAGACUAUUAGGAAAAGUAGAUUCCUUAAUACUUAGGAGGGGUUUGAAUUUGAUGAGUUACAUUAUAAGUUUGAGGAAAAUACUAUUAGAUACUAUUCCUAGCAAAGAGAAGGGAUGAAUAACUCCUUGGAUCGAGAUUAUAACGAUAGUUUUAACUUUUUAUAAGGUGGAAGAAGUUAGUAAUAGAUAUUGAAGCAAUAGAAGAAGCAACAGCAGGAAUUAAAAAAGCAAACUCAGUAAUAGAAUCAAAAGAUUUAGUCACCAGAAUACUUGAUAAGCUUUAAUAAAGAAGGAGAACUUUCACCCUCACCUGUGGCAGAUAAGGUUAGGCUUAUUACAUCUAGAGAUAACCCUCUCACCAUGUCCUAGCUAAACGAUGAGCAAUAAUAAUUCUCUUAGAAUGGUAAUUCUCACUAAAAAUAAUAAAAAAUUACGGAUAACUAAAACUAGAACAUAAGGACCAGUUUUCAUGAGGAAUUCAUAAAACUUGGAUCAAAGAAUUAAUCAAAAAUCAGAUCGCCUAAUUAGAAAGUGAGAAAUAAUGGAAGAAACUAAUAAAAAAUCCCAUCAGCAGAAAGAUAUCAGAAAGAGGAUGUUGAGUAAUAAAAUUCACCUUUAAAGUAGAACUAUUUUUAUAUGAAGACAAGUGCUGCAAAGGAUUCUGGAUUUAAAAAUUCAAUAUAAAACUCUUCAAAUUUGAAAAAUCACUCAACAUAGUUGGAAGAACCAAUAUUUUAGCAUGCAAGAUAGUCGAGAAAUUCAUAAAGAGAUAAAAACUAAGAUUAUGAUAAUGAUGAGAGAAAAUAUGAUUUUGGAAUCUAAUAAUUUGAGGAUGGCGAAAUUAUUUACAAUGAAGGCUAGGAUAACAGAGAGAAUUUUGAGUCAAGUAAAGAUCAUAGAUUUACUUUGGGUUCAUCAGUGAUGGAUCAAUCUCAAAAUAAAUAAAAUUAUCUGCAGAAUCAGUAUAUGAAGACUCCAAGUUUCAGAUUAGAUUGA